GAGUUGCCAGUUGUGUUAUCCUCAUCCUUCGCUGAUACUGUCACUUGUCUCUGAUCAACCGUUUCUUCUCUAUUCAAAUUUAGAUGGCACCUUGCAGCUAAUAGGCAAAUAGCUGCACGGUCACGAUUUGCACGGACUUCGAUGUGACAAAUAUGCAUAGUCACAAAUAUGAUAAAAAAGUGCUCUUUCAAAACUUUGCUCCUAAAUAAUUAAUUUUCCACACUUGAAAACCCAUAAUUCAUAAUGAAUAGGUUUUUUGCAUAUAAUUAUGCCUCCCCUUUGCCAUUUUGUUAUUUCUGUUUCAUAAAAGCCGAAAGGCUAAGAAUGGUUAGACUACAGAGAGCGUCACGCAAGGUUGAGAACGGUAGAAAGUAUUGUUGUUAUAAACUCAGUUGUAAAUUAGAGCACUAGAGCAUAGCACACGAAGCGCGUGUGUAUAGCAACAGAAUAGAAACUAACAUGUACAUGCACACAUUAAAACAAGAUGUCCAGUGAUAAGUCAUCGAAUAAGCAGACGCAUGUUGAUCGCAAAGCGCAUGCGAACAUGAAGACUUUUGAAAUCGAAGAACAAGAAGAUGAUAAUAACGUCACACUCGACGAUCAGAUCAUUAACAAUAGGUAUGAAAAUGAGCAGGUGUGUAUUUACGACUUGAUCCUUCCUUAAAGUUUUAUGAGUUAAAUCUCAUGGUCAAAACGUACACGCAUGUUGUUGUCAAAAUUCUAACAGAAGAACAUAGAAGGCGAUCAGGAGAGAAAGAUAGUAAGAGAUGAGGAUAAAGUUUUGCUACUCCUCAAGACGAUUUGUCGGAAUGACGAACUGGAAUUCACUACGCUUCGAUGAUUUCUUAAUGAUUCUUAGUUACCAAUAACUAUUCAUCUUUGUCGCCACUGAAAACUAAUUGUUCUUUGAUUUUUCAGCAUCAAUCCUCAUCGACAAAACAGAAGAUAGUGAAAGGUCAUAAAAAGAAACGACGAGUGAUGGCGAAAGAUGACGACUUUCGGAACGAGCAAACAGCAAUUACACUCGAUAAUGGAGAAACGACUGAUCAACGGCAAGUAACGACCAAAGACGUCAAGAUCAUGAGUGAUUCACCGCGCAAGUUUGACAGGCUGCAUCUAAAUUUGAAUAGAGAAGAAACGGUUGAUCAGAGACAAGUGACAGUAUCAGCGAAGGAUGAGGAUAACACAACUGGCAACUCUAUCAAUCAAAAUCGUCGAGUCGUAGAAGCUGUUACUAGAGAACACAAUCUGACACCUACGAACAUCAUCGACGAUAUCAAAAUGAACCUUGUGGGAUACGCCGGAGAGCGUUUGUUGCCACUUGCCAAAGCAUGUGCUCCGCUGUUCAACAUCAUCCCCGAUUUAUCGAUCUACGUUCAAAUGGCACUCGAUGAAACCCCAGAAGAGCCACCCGACGGACUCACGAUCGACGAGAGCGCUGCAAUUCGCCUCUACACAAUCGAAUCGGAAGGACCACACCAAAGUCUCUAUUCGAUGCUCAAUUACACCCUCAAGACGGCAGAUCGCGAGGAUCUUCGACCCUAUUUUAAGUACCUGAAACUGUUCUUGACUGCCCUAGCCAAACUACCUUGCGUACCACCGCAGACCGUCUGGCGAGGAGUAACCAAAAAUUUGAGCGUGAAUUUUCCACCUGGCACCCUGGUCACAUGGUGGGCAUUUUCAUCAUGCACAACUACACUGACCGUGCUCGAGAAUAACAUAUAUUUAGGCAAUACGGGUGAGCGAACGCUCUUCUCCGUCGAAGCCAUUAACGGUCGAACAGUACAAGCUCAUUCGCAUUUCGUUACCGAAGAUGAAAUUCUUCUUCUGCCCGGCACUCACAUGGUGGUUCAAUCGCAAUUUACUCCGGCGCCCGAUCUCCACAUCAUUCAUUUGAAACAGAUAAUACCGGAAGAAAUGCUGCUGGAGCCUCCAUUCGAAGAUGCAUAUCUUUAUCCGAAAAUCAAUUCAUCAACAACACGUGCUUGUUCAAAUUCAAAAGAUAACACAAACGAAUUAAAGCAAUCUGUUAUGAAAUUUUUUUUUAUUGAUAUUCAAGCGAAACAACUAAAUUCAUGGUAUGGUAAAUGUUCAAUAUGUUCACAAAAUAUUGCUGAUAAAUACGGCACCACAUCCAAUUUUGCACGACAUAUGAAGACAAAACAUGGGACUCAAUAUGAAGAGUGGUUAGCCAAGAAAAACGCUAAUACUGAUACAAAACAACGAAAUCUUCAUGAUAUGAUUCGACAAAAAACAAGUAAAUAUUCAUCAAACGAUCCAAGACAAGUUAAAUUAACCGAAUCUAUGCUAAAAGACUUAAUAAUUGAAUGUGGUUUACCGUUGUCAUUGGUAGAUCAAAAUGGUUUUAGAAAUUUCAUGCAAACAGUUGAUCCAAUGUUUUCACUUUUAAGUCGUCGACAAAUAACUCGUGAUAAACUUCCAAAAUUACAUGAUAAAAUGGUCAUUAAAUUUAAAAAAAUAAGUCAGCAUACAGCUGAUAUUUUGUUGGCUGAAUUUGAAAAGGUGAUGAAUCAAUAUCAUAUUGAGAAGAAAUUAGUACGUUUAAUUACGGACAAUGCAGCCAAUAAUAUAAAAGCAUUCAGUGGCAUUGUACUUCCUGGUUUUGAGACGUAUUUUGAAGAUGAUGACCGUGUCGACGACGACAAUAGCUCAUUACAGAAUAAUGAUGAUUUUGAAGAAGGACUUAAUCAUGAUUGUUUCGAAUUAGCACCAUUAACUUAUGAUAUUAUUCAGUUUUUAAGUGGAAAUUCAGAAUUAUUACGUUUACCAUGCUUUGCAUUAUUACGUUUCUAUGGAUACAUGAUUGUAUUUGUACCCAGAGAAGUCAGCAGUAUUAAUCCAGAUAUAACAUUUCCUGAUAAAGGAAAUAAAAAAUGUUUAUUUCCAACAUUGACAGCUGGCUCAUUCAAAAAAGCAAAGAUUGACAAUUCAACACCAAAAUCAAUUUCAGAAGAAAUCGAUGGUUUUCUGCAAGAAGAAAACUUAACAAGUAAUCUUAUUUUCAAAAAAGCAAGUUCCUAUCGGUCUCUCAAUAAGCUGGCUAAAAAGAUCAUGUGUGUUCCUGCGACAUCAGCCCCAAUUAAACGUAUCUUCUCUCAAAGCGGUCUGUUAAUGAGGCCGCAUCGUUCAAGUUUUACACAAGCUAAUAUUUGUGUUUUAACAUCUCUAAAAUGCAAUAAGGCAUUAAUUUAA